UAGUGGGGUUAUGUGCUGUUUAUGGUUGGCUGUCCAGUUUUCGAUUAUAAGAAAUUAGCAAUGUGUGAACUUGUUAGAGGAAUUGCUGGGGAUCUUGUAGAAGAGGUGCAAUUAAUAGACAAUUUUACCAACAAGAAAGGAAUGACCAGCCACUGCUAUAGGAUUGCAUAUAGGUCGACGGAACGUUCUCUUACAGAUGAUGAAAUUAAUGAUCUACAGUGGAAAGUGAGAGAUCAGGUGCAAAGCAAAUUAAAUGUUGUGUUAAGAUGAGCUCUGAUGUCCUUAUAAUUAUGAAGAGUUGCUGUUUGCUCUCAAUUUUGUUCAUGCAUAGAUCCUUUUCCUCCUCUAAGCAUGUGAUUCAUGCUAUAGACAGAUAUAUGUAUUAUUCCAUUUUUGCAUAUGCCAUAAACAGUAUUUUGUAUCCUCAUUUUCCUUGACAUGAUGUUUUCCCACACUAGAGAUUAAUUGUGAUUUCUGUCUAUUUUUAGCCUAAAAAAAAUAAAUAAAAUAGUAAAAGCAGACUUGCAUCUA